UUCAAGUUCUCCAGCCCCUGUCUCCACCUCCCAGAGCAUGUUCUGGCUGAUCCAAGCUCUCCCACUUCUCUUCUGCUUUGGCUCAGAAUUCAGCCAUGAAUACAUCAGGACCUGGGCUUUUCUUUGUUGGGAAUGCAAUUUCACAGAGCAGCUUAAUCCCAGUGAUGGUGAAUGGGGUUGUGGGGGAGUCAGUAACUCUUCCCCUAAAGUUUCCAGCAGAAGAGAACAUCAGUAUGAUCAUCUGGAGUCACAAUAACUCAUAUAUCACUAUGUGCCAGCCAUCUGGAAGUCCAGAGGUCCUGAUUUUCAAUCAUAACAAGAAAACGAACUGCACCAAAUCUUGUUCCUUACAUUUCCACAACCUCACAAGGACAGACUCAGGAUCUUACCGAGCCCAGAUACACACGAGAAACUCAGAUGAAAAGAUGUUUUCCAAUUAUGUUCUAAGGGUCUUUGGGCGACUGCAUAACUUACAAGUUUCUCAUCACAUUCAGUUGUCUGGGAAUGGAACCUGCAAGAUCUACCUGACUUGCUCUGUGGAGAACGUAAAUGACGCUGUCUCAUUUGGGUGGCAGCUCUCAGAAAAUACCUCUCUGAGUGAGCCAAACCUCACUGUCUCCUGGGACUCCAAGGAUUCCAGGGACCAGAGCUACGUGUGCGUAGCGGAGAACCCUGUCAGCAAUUUAUCUUGCCCUGUCUCUGCCAAGAAUCUUUGUAAAGGUAUUUUAACUAAAGAAAAUCUACAGUGGAAAAAUCUAACCUUGAUAACAGUUUGUGUGAUAUUUAUAAUCAUCAUUGCCUUGAUACUCAUUUACAAGAAAAAAACAGGCUCCCUUCAUUUGCCUACCCAGCAUUCUGAGCCCUCAGAGAACAUAGAGCUUGCUUCCAUCUCUCCAGGGAGCACUGUGUAUGCGCAUGUCACUCAUCCAUACUCGAAAAUGGAAAUCCCAACAUUUCCAAAAGGAAAAGGCAAUGAUUCUGUUACAAUUUAUUCUACAAUUAAUCAUUCCAAACAGAAUAAGCCCACUUCUCCCAGGACAAAUGCCUUUCACAGCAACAAGUAAGUUGCAGAUAAGCUUCAGAGAACAUCAGGAUGACCAAUCUCAUGAUCCCAUGGGAGACAACAAAAAGAAGUAACAGAAACUCUCUGGUAACAGAAACUAAAUCCUCAGUAGGAUCAUCACUUCCAGUCUUCAGACUUGAGCUCGUUUGCCUAGGCCAAACUCUUAAGGAGAAACAUCACUUCCUGCCUAGGAACCAAGUAAUGAUUUCCAACUGACUAGGAUGAAACAUACUUUGGAUAGCACACCUGCAUACUGACUUUCUCUUUGAUAACUAAACAGAGUUAUGGCUGACAGAUUAUAAUUCAGCAGGCAACUAUGGCUCAAAUUUUAGAAAGCAGCAGGAUGUGACUCAAUGAAAAGACAAUAUAGUGCAUUGGUUAAGUGUGUAGUGUUUGAUGGUGGGCGGGCCCACACUUAUUUCCUGAUACAUCAUUUCCUAGACAUACCUCCUGAGAUACAUUAUCUAGCAUGUUGGCACAUUAGUCUCGUAGACUG